AUGGCCGGGCCCCCAACAACCCAACCCCACCGCCCCAUACCCCUCUCCCGCCGCCGUCCCCUCCCCUCCGGCGACGAAGAAGCAACCUCCUUCCUCAAACUCGGCGAGUUCGACAACACCCCUUGCCUCAGCGUAGCCGAAUGCAACGAACUGCUCACGCGACUCGCGGAGAAAAGCGGCGGCGGAAACACUCGUCCCGCGACGCAGAACAACGACGUCUACCUCAAGACGCGCGAGUAUGUGGAGAGUUUUGCGCGGUUCAAGGAUAGUAAGACAGUGACGCAGGUGGAUGCUAUUAGCAGUGCGCUUUUGGGGAGGGGAAAGGGGGAAGGUGUGACGAACUUUGAGAGGGCGCAGUUGGCUACACUUUGCUGCGACACGGCUGAAGAGGCGAAGACCCUGAUCCCGUCGCUCGAGGGCAAGCUGGAUGAUGACGAGCUGCAGCGCGCACUGGAUGAGAUUUCGAAACUGCGCGACUUCUCAUAA